UUAUCAUUUGUCAGAAAAAUCACAAAAUCUUGCAGUAUUAUGAACAAAAUGUCGAUUAUGGUGGUGCUGAUGUCCUAACAUUUUUUCUCUUUCCUCGGCUCCACCAUUUUUCACUCUUCGCCCCCACCAGGCCACCAAUAUUAUUACACAAUUUUCUCUCUCCUCCUCAAAUUGAAUCUUUACGCUUUCUCCACUUUUCCCCGCCAUUAUUCUCUCUCUUUCUCUCUCCAAUUUUCAGUGAGGAGUUAGAGAGAUAACAAUGGAAGAUCACAUCCAAAACCCUAGAACAACUUGCGUAGUGAUCGGAGGUCAAGGUUUCAUCGGCCGAUUCCUUGUUUUGCGCCUCUUGCAACUCGGCAAUUGGAUCGUUCGAAUCGCCGAUUCUUCUCCGAGUCUUCACGUUGAGGAGAAAUCUCUCGUCUUCGACGCUGUUUCUGAUGGUCGUGCAUCUUAUUUUCAAGUCGAUGUUCGUGAUAAAUCUCAGCUUGUAAGAGCUGUUGAUGGUUCGACUGUCGUUUUUGUUUUUGAAAGCUCUGAUGCAUCUCAAUGUGAUCCAUACGGAAGUUACAAGUUCAUCAUUCUAGGUGCCAAAAAUGUCAUCAAUGCCUGCCGGGAGUGUAGAGUUAAACGACUUAUAUAUAACAGUUCUGCUGACGUCUUUUUUGAUGGUUUCCAUCAUAUAAGAAAAGGGGAUGAAACUAUGCCCUACCCAUGGAAAUACACAGACAUGUUAACGGAGAUGAAGGCUCAAGCAGAAGCACUUGUCUUGUCCGCUAACAAUCACGAUGAUCUAUUGACAUGUGUUGUUCGCCCUAGCAACGUCUUUGGACCCUCAGAUACACAUCUUAUAGAAGCCAUGGUGAAUCAAGCAAAUUCUGUUUGGGCAAAGUUUCUUUUAGGAAAUGGUGACAGUUUGUCUGAUUUCACCUAUGUUGAGAAUGUGGCCCAUGCUCAUGUCUGUGCUGCAGAAGCUCUUACUUCUCAAAAUCUUUCUGUGGCUGGAAAGGCAUUUUUUAUCACAAAUCUCGAGCCAAGGAACUAUUGGGAGUUCGUGUCCCGGAUAUAUGAAGUAUUGGGAUAUCAAAGGCCAAGUAUUAGAGUUCCUCCUAAGAUAGUCAAUUUCAUCCUUCCAGUGGUGAGGUGGAUGCGUCACAAUUUGGAAUCUGAAACUGAAAUCAGUGACCGAUUAGCAUCAGUUCAGUUUAUAAUUGAAUCGUCACUAUAUACCAGAACUUUCAACUGUUCUGCAGCUACUGAGCACAUCAAAUACUCGCCUGUUGUUUCUAUGGAAGAAGGUAUAGCUUUGACUGUCAAGUCAUUUUCUCAUUUGGCUAAAAGCUCGUUACGCUCUAAAGAAUACAAGUUCAGCGAAGUCUCUAAAGCAGAAGAGAUUCUGGGGUAUGGGAAAGUUGCCGACAUAUUGCUGUGGAGGGACGAGAUGGAAACAUUUACAUGUUUUCUUGUUACUUGUGGGUUGUUCUAUUGGUUUUUUCUGACUGGACGGACGUACAUCUCAUCUACUGCCGGGCUCUUGUUACUGGCUACAUUCUUCCUCAUUAUAAAUAGCAUUCUUCCAUUUAACAUAUUCCAGAAGGUGGCUUUGCCUUGUUUGGCUAUCUCAGAGUCAACAGUGAGAAAUAUGCUUGACACUGUAGCAUCUGUCUGGAAUGAAGGACUUCAAAUUGCUAAAACCUUGGCGCAAGGAGAGGAUUGGAGGUUAUUUUUAAAGGCAGCAAUGCUUGCGUAUUUCCUUAAGCUGCUUUCACAUUCAUUAGCGUUAUUGCUUGGAGCAGUUUUGGUGUUUGCAUUCACAUCAUUCUUUAUCUAUGAACAAUAUGAAGAUGAACUUGAUCAAGCUUUUAGGCUGACCGUCAUCGUUGCUAAGAGUUUAUUGAUACUGUUGCUAAGAAGUCUUCCUCUGUCCAUUACCUCAUCCUUUUCUGCCGAUGAUGACAUUGGCCAAGAACAUGGACGGCCUGCCUUGAAGGAAUAAAUGUGGAUUUCUCUGAGUCCCUGUAUAAGGUUAGAUCAUGAGAUGAGGCAAGUGAUGAAAAUCAUGAUAACCACCCUGGUUCUCUCCUCUCUAGUUUCUCGAUAAUUGAUUCAAAGCGAUUUGAGGCACAUCGAACAGUUUUGAGGGAUGUCUCUAAAAAAUGGCUGACAGUAGAAAUACUUUCACUCCAUUCUCAAUAUGCUUAAAGCAUAAAAAAAGUCUUCUGCAAGUGUCUCAAGGAUGGUUGUCCAUGAGUUCUUAACUCCUAAAUUUGGUGACACUUCCUUGUUUUUUUUGGACAUCGGAAAAAGACACUUAGAACCCAAUCAUGCUAGCAACACUUUUUUUUUCUUUUUUUUGACAUCGGUGACGCUUCCUUGCUGGUGAACAAUUCUGUGUGUAUUAGAUGAAGUAAUUUGUGAGUUUGUAGCAUCUGAUAUCAGAACUAUUUUGUUUACUGAGGCAUUAUAGUGAAAAAAAACUGAGAACAUUGUACAGAGUACAAACUGCAUUUAGACUGUAGGAGGUGGUUUUACAUUCUCUGGCGUUAGUCUUGUUUUUUUAUUGCAAUUUCUCAGAUUGCAAGCUUCGACAUAGUUCAUUCAUGAUUGUCAAGUUCUCCAUAAUAAAACAAUCGACUGUUGAGACUUGA